AUGGCCACAACAGCGGCAGGCCGCAUGCUGGCUCGCCAGCUACAACAGAUGCAGUCGGAUAAAGAUAUCCCUGGGAUCAGCUGUGGCCUAGUGGAUAAUAAUGUCUUCGAAUGGGAGGUCAUGCUCAUGAUUUCGGACGAUGUCAAGUUGUACGGUGGUGGCUUCUUCCGGGCUCGACUCUCCUUUCCCUCAGAAUACCCUCACAUGCCCCCAAAGAUGAAAUUCGAGUCACCACUUUUCCACCCAAACAUCUACCCGAACGGUGAAGUUUGCAUUUCGAUUCUCCACCCACCAGAGGAAGACAAGUACGGCUACGAAUCCGCCGCAGAGCGCUGGUCCCCUGUGCAAACCCCUGAAACGAUCCUCCUUUCUGUCAUCUCCAUGCUGUCGAGUCCGAACGACGAGAGUCCCGCGAACGUAGAGGCCGCCCGAUUGUGGCGGGAGGACCCCAAGGAAUUCAAGAAGCGCGUUCGCCAGUGUGUUCGGGAGAGUCUUGGGGAGGAAUGA